AUGAAUUCCAAUUCAGCUCAGUACAAUCCUGAUGAUCCUAUGUAUUUGCAUGUGACUGAGAAUCCUAAUCUCAUUCUCAUAUCUCCACCUCUAUCGGAGAUCAACUAUGCUUCCUGGAGUUGUUCGAUGAAGAUCGCAUUGGAAGUAAAGAACAAAUAUGGUUUCGUAGAUGGAACUAUUAAGGAGUACUCUAUUUUGAACUUGCAGCAGAAAUCUGGAAAGUCCUUGAAAAGAGAUACUCCCAAGUGGAUCCUCACAGAAUUGCAGAAAUACAAAAUGAAAUCUACAGGAGUUCACAAGGCCAUUGCUGUGCAAAAUGAUCAGGCUCAACACUCAGAUGAACAUAUCAUGAUUGCAACAUCAAGUUCAUAUAACAGAAAGAAAUUCACUACUGGAUCACAAAAAAAUGUGCCUAAGUGCACAUUUUGUGGGAUGUUAGGUUACAAAUCCAAAGGCAAGCAGAACCAGGAUACUCAGCACAAUCUCAGUGCUUCUGUCAGUCAAGCUAAUAAUGUUGGUUUAUCUCCUGAUCUUCAAAGACUCUUAUCUCUGUUGCAAAAUCAAAAGCAAGGAAAUCAGUCCUCAACCAAUGCAGCUGUGACAGUCAACAAUGUUGGACUGAUUCCAGAUUUCAGAAACUCUAUGGGGAACAACCACAAUGAAGGCAGGUCCAUCUAUGAUUCUUAUGUUAACACUGUCUUGAAUUCUUCUAGUGUUUGGAUUCUAGAUUCAGGAGCAACAGAUCACAUUGUUUGCUCCUUGGAAUAUUUUGAAACUUUUCAUGCUGCUUAUGGAGUCUUGGUUAAAUUGCCCAAUGGGGACACAAUGAAGGUCACACACAUAGGACAAGUCAGAUUGCACAUAAACAUACUGUUGAAAAAUGUGCCAUUCAUCCCAUCUUUUCAGUUCAAUAUCAUAUCUGCUAGCAAAUUAACAAAGGAAUCAAAGUAUGAGAUUGUUAUGAAGACUGACUCUUGCACCCUUCAGGGACAUCUUGGGAUAGUGGAUGGUUUUUCUAGUGAGAAAGGUGGACUAUACCUGAUUACCAACCCCCCUACAAAGAAGAGGGCCUGUUUUUCCAGCACUGUUUUUGGUUCUCUCUCAAAAUGGGUGGCUGAGAGGAAACAUCAGCAUAUUUUGAAUUUUGCUAGGGCAUUGAAAUAUAACUUUUGGGGCCACCGUGUUCUACAUGCAUCCUACUUGAUCAAUAGAUUACCCACUGAAGUCCUCCAUGGCAAUAAUCCCUUCCAAGUACUAUUUGAAAAAGAUGUGGAUUAUGGCAAGCUAAGAUCCUUUGGUUGCUUGUGUUUUGCUGCAACCAUCUCACAAGGAAGAAACAAAAUGCAACCAAGAGCCAGAAAAGCCAUCUUUCUAGGUUUUCCAGCUAAUAUAAAAGGUUACAUAUUGUUUGAAUUGGCUAAUAAAGUUACCUUUGUAUCCAGGGAUGUCAUCUUUUAUGAGCAAAUCUUCCCGUUCAAAGGAGAUCCUGGGCCUCAACACAGUAAUGCCACACUAGAAGGUUUUAAUCCUUCUUUGCCUCUAAUUCCCAUCUCUAUUGAAAUACAUGCUAGCAUGUUACAGCCAACCAAUGAUGAGCCAACUAGCAGGGAUUCCAGUGAAGAGAACCAUAAUCACCACACUGAUGAGAAAGUCCUUAUGCAUAUUUUCCCAAAGAAUAACUCACCAGAUGAUCAUAUUGAACAACCACAGCUUGAAAUUUACCUGCCAAAUGCCUUUGUACAUGAACCUCAAUCAUACAAAGAAGCUGUAAAAUCUGAAGAAUGGAAACAGGCUAUGCAGGCUGAGAUAAAGGCCCUAGUCUAG